UAUUGUUUGUCAUUAUGCCUCCUGAACCUGCUCCUAGUACUUCUCAGACUUUGAUUGGUAAAUUGGAUAUAGGAGAUCCAUUGUACUUACACCCUAGUGACUCCAGUAGUUUAACCAUUGUUAGUGUUAAACUCAAAGGUACUGAGAAUUAUGCUGUGUGGUCUAGUGCUAUGAAGUUGGCUUUAGAAGCUAAAAACAAGUAUGGGUUUAUAGAUGGUAAGGUGGAAAAGUCUAAGGAUGAUGAGAUAUUAGCUGCUCAGUGGGAUAGAUGCAAUUCUGUUGUACUUACUUGGUUAUUGAAUUCUGUUUCAGAAGAGUUGUUUCUUGGUCAAGUUUUUUCUAAACUAGCUUCUGAAGUUUGGACUGAUUUAAAAGAGUCUUUUGAUAAGAUUGAUGGUUCUGUUGUCUAUGAUCUGUAUAAGAAAAUAAACUGUAUUGCUCAAAAUGGUAGUACUGUUGCUGAAUAUUAUAAUAAGUUGACAACAAUGUGGAAGCAGUUUGAUGCAAUGCUUCAACUGCCUUCAUGUUCUUGUCAAGCUGCUAAGGACUAUAAUGACUUCUCUGCUCUUAUAAAGUUAAUGCAGUUUCUCAUGGGGCUUGAUGAUAUCUAUCAACCUGUGAGAACUAAUAUUUUAACAAGAGAAACAUUUCCAUCAGUUAAAGUUGCUUUCUCUAUUGUUUCUAGAGAGGAGUCACAUAGACUCUCAAGUAGUGGUUCUAAGAGUCAAAGUGUCUCUUAUGUGGCUAGGUCUAAUCAAUCUAAUCAAAACACAUCAAAAAGAAAUUUUAGAGGACCUAAUUCAAAUCUAAAGUGUACUCAUUGUAAUAUGAUAGGUCAUACUGUUGAUAGGUGUUUUGAAAUAAUUGGUUAUCCACCUGGUAUGAAAAAAAGGGGUAAUGUGUCUUUUGGUAAAAAUAAUGGUAAUAAUACUAGUAGGUCUGGUAUGUCUUCUGGUCCUUCUAGUUCUGCUGUGUCUGCUUUGCCUUUUACUCCAGAACAGAUUGCAAAGCUAAUGAGUUUAGUUGGUGAAAAACCUGAUGGGGAUCAGGAGAAGUCCAAUAUGGGAGGAUUUGAGGUCAAAGAAAAUUCUGGUGAUUGGUAGACAAGA